AUGGAAAUCUGGAACACUCGGACCAAGUCAUGCGUUUCAAAAUUUUAAUAUGCACAUGGAAGGCAAAGAGCAGUUAAUUGUACUCAUUCCUCAUCCUACAUAUUUUUCUAAAGAGAAUCAGGUGAAAUGAUAAGGUGGUCCACUAGAAGUGAAUCUGAUUCAGGUGUUUACAGUCAUGCAGACGAUAUCAUUGAUGUUGUCAUAGACAAGGCUGAUUAAUUCUUAUACACUUUAGGAUAUCAAAAAGGAAAAUUUUAUAAAUGGGAUUUAGAAUCUAUGACAUAGCUAACUGUCAUUGAUCUAGGAAAAGGCUAUGAAGGAUUAGUAAUAUCUCAUGAUGACAGAUUUAUAAUUGCUUCAGACUAUGGAAAAAAGAGGUUAACUAAUAUCAAUCUAAAAACUGACUAGAUUAUCUCUAUUCAAGAUAAGCAGCCAUAUAAUCCAGCAACACUUACAAUCACCCUUGAUAGUAAGUUCGUAGCAAUUUGCCAAGGAAAUUACAGUCCAAAAUUAUAUGUUCUACAUCUUGAAACUCUACAAAUUUUUAAGAUUCUUGAGGAACACAAAUAAGCUACUGUGUGGUUUAUUGCCCCUACUCUUGAUGGUAGAUACCUUAUUUCUAGAAACUCCUAAGAGACGAUCAUUUGGGAUGCUUUGACUUUCCAUUGCAUUUUAUUUAGUUAUGAGAGCAUUUCUGCAUGA